GCGACAACGAACAAGCACAUCAGAUGUCCUUCAAUUGGUCAUUUGGAGCUGCUUUUGCUGUUAAUAUGGCCUGCUUUACGAUCCCGCUGAUGGAAUUCUCGGCUUGGGUUGGCACAAUUUCAGUGGGCUAUGACUCGAGCUUCCACGGAGGCAUCGACGACCUCCCACUUUCCUGGAGGUUUUAUUGGCAGACUCAAGCGAAUCCCGGCUUCUCGGCGCGGUGAGAAGAUUGCGAUGUACCUUGCCCUCCGCUUGGCGCCCGAAUAUUACCUCGACGGCCCUCCAAUGGGUACCCAAUACAUCGUGGAUGUCCUUCAACACCUGGCCUUGCCGAAAGGAGCCGCAGUGGAGCGAGCAGAAGAUCGUCGUUUGCGAUCGGCAUCCCAACAGAAAGCAAUGGGCAAUACACAUGAAGUCUAUGAAGUUCAUGCCUGUCGACUCGGACUGCGUCGUCCCGACUUGGACUCCGAGCGUGUUUAUGCAGAAACCAUCCUGAACUUCGUGGACGAUCAAAAUCCUAAUGGCUUGCGUAUGCUGCUCGAUACUGGUGCUAGCGUCACAAGGCUUCCUCUCCCGUUUGUCCAGCAGAUCAACGACAAACUGGUCCGGGCAGAUAACAUGAUCAAACCCCCCGAGGCAGGAGUCAAGCUAAACACGUACAGAGUCCCUCAGUGGAUGGGCGAGCGAAAGAUCCAGGUUGCGUAUGAGUUUGAAGGCGAGAACGGCAAAACCGUCAAGAUCUACGGGCCAUUCGAGACGUUCUUCUACCAGCAUGACAUCAAUUACAUUGAUCGACCUAUGGAGGGUUUGAUCUUUCCGCAACGCGCGUCUUGCGACCACGGCGUGUUUGGGUUGAACUUCUUCCAAACGAUGUAUGUCUCGCUGCACAAGGCAACACAUGGUGUCGACUUCGUCCGGAUGGCUGCGCAGUGGCCAGAGGACUUCGCCGAUGAUAUGGAAAACUACCACGUCGCGGGCCUGUCGGGCACUUGAAAGAUGAAUAGUGUUGCCGUUACCAUUACCUUCACUUGUACUUGUAUCGCGCAGCGGUGAAUCUGAAGUGGUCAUUCGUUCCGU